CGCCUGGACCGGGGCGGCGGGGCCGCGGCGGGCGCCGUGAUGGCCGUGGGGCUGGGCGGCUGACAGCCGGGCUAGGAGCGAACUCGGAGCCCAGCGGCUCGGCGGCCGCGGCCGUCGCAGGGCCGCCGCGAUGGCCACGUCCGCCGCCUCCUCGGAGCAUUUCGAGAAGUUACACGAGAUCUUCCGGGGCCUCCAUGAAGAUCUCCUAGGGGUGCCCGGGCGGCUGCUGGGGACCGCAGGGACGGAAGAGAAGAAGAAGCUGAUCAGAGAUUUCGAUGAAAAGCAACAAGAAGCAAAUGAAACCCUGGCAGAGAUGGAAGAGGAACUACGUUAUGCACCUUUGUCUUUCCGUAAUCCCAUGAUGUCUAAGCUUCGAAACUACCGGAAGGACCUCGCCAAACUGCACCGGGAAGUGAGAAGCACGCCUCUGACGGCCCCGCCCGGGAUCCGAGGAGACAUGAAGUACGGGGCAUAUGCCAUCGAGAACGAACACAUGAAUCGACUACAAUCCCAAAGGGCAUUGCUUCUGCAAGGCACUGAGAGCCUGAACCGGGCCACCCAGAGCAUUGAGCGUUCUCAUCGGAUUGCCACCGAGACGGACCAGAUUGGCUCAGAAAUCAUAGAAGAACUGGGGGAACAAAGAGAGCAGUUGGAACGCACCAAGGGCAGACUGGUAAACACAAGUGAAAACCUGAGCAAAAGUCGAAAGAUUCUUCGUUCAAUGUCCAGAAAAGUAACAACCAACAAGCUGUUACUCUCCAUCAUCAUCCUGCUGGAGCUGGCCAUCCUGGCAGUCCUGGUUUAUUACAAAUUCUUUCACAAGCACUGAACUUCCUAAGUGGAAGGGAUUGCGGAAUAGAACUCUGACCUGUGACUGAAGCAUGUUGCUGCUGCUGACAGUGCAAGGAUGCCCUGUGUGGCCAGAGCGUGGGAGGAGGGGGAACGGAGAGCCAGGGUCAUGUGAAGAACAGCAACUAGACCAGUGACAUACCAAGGUAAUAAACGCUGUUUAUAACUGCUUUAAAUUUA